ACAUAGAAAAAUCGGAACUGUUUAUGCUACUGUAGCUGCAUUCGUUGGCUUGUCCGAGCCGCUCUCUCUAAACACCGACAUUUUUAACGUUCUGUUUGAGCUUCUAUGAGCUAGAGCGGUGAGGACGAAAUUAGCCCUGUACCUUUGUGGAAAUCUCUAGCCUUUCCUGUGUACAGAUUCUCUCAACCGUCAAAGGUCCCUUGGUUGUGUCGCUGACCGACUUCUUCCGAUCUUCAUAUCUCUGUUUCCACCUCUUGAGAUCUUUUCUUUAUAUAUCAAUUAAAUAUUUGGAAUCAGUUUCUUGGGUUUUUUUUUUUUCAGAUUUUGCUUUCGGUGACGGGAGGAUUGGUUUUAGUUUGAUUUGAAGAGAGAGAGAGAGAGAGAGAGAAGGAGAAAGAGAUAAGAGAUAUGGAGCUGCUUGAAGGAGUUGGAGAGAGCUCUUCUCCUCAGCGUAGCUUUGGGGGGUUUAGUGGGUAUGAUAUAAGGACGGAUGUGUUUAAUCGGUUGAUGGAGUGUGGGAAUGAGGAAGCAACGUGUAAUCCCGAGCUCCGCGAGCAGCUGGAUGCUCAUUUUAAUCGCUUGCCUGCUAGUUAUGCGCUAGAUGUUAAUAUGGAUAGAGUGGAAGAUGUCUUGAUACAUCAAAAGCUUCUAGCUCAGGCAAAGGACCCAGAAAGGCAACCUGUCUUCCAUGUCCGUUUCUUGGAGAAUCUAAGGACUAGAGGAGUUGAGAUUGAUGAUCUAGAACCAUCUCUAAGAGUUGAUUCAAAGGCACCUUGUAAUGCAAAACCUAAAGAAGAUAAGCCAUCACAUGACAAUGGCACUUCUAUAAGCAGGAAUAAGAAUUGUCAGGUUGAAUUUGAACCUUGGUCAAAGCUUGAGGACUUAAAUUUGGAUGUUAAAAACCAUGUCGGGAACACGGAAAACUUUUCUGGAAGGCCAGAAUUUACACAUGUUCCAAUACAUGAAGUUAUAUUCUCAACUGUUGACAAGCCGAAGCUUCUUAGCCAGCUCUCUGCUUUGCUUUCUGACAUAGGGCUAAACAUUCGUGAAGCACAUGUCUUCUCAACAAAUGAUGGCUACUCGUUGGAUGUUUUUGUGGUGGACGGGUGGCCUGUUAAGGACACAGAUGGUUUGCAUAAGGCGAUGGAGAAGGCAAUUGCCAGAAGUGAUGGCUCGUGGUCUGGUUCUUCACCUUCCCAUUCAGUCAUAGAGAAAGCAUUAGCAAACCAACCAAAAUCUUGUGAGCGGGAGAUUGAUAGAAGAUUCUUGAAGCUAGGAGAAAAAAUAGCAUCCGGAUCUUGUGGAGAUUUGUAUCAUGGAGUUUACUCAGGUGAGGAUGUUGCUGUUAAAGUUCUUAGAUCUGAGCAUCUAAAUGAAGCUUUGGAGGUAGAGUUUACCCAGGAAGUACUGAUCCUAAGGUGAAUAUUUGCAUGUUACUAUGUUACU